GUGGUUUGGGGAAAGUGUAGGGGCAACCAAGGUCAUCCAUUUGACUAGGCCUUUUGCCCUGAACCUCAUGAAGAAAUGAUAGGAGGCAGACUUACGUGCCUAAGAAGAGCACUGAGCUCAGAGGACAGCAACAUAGAGUUUUGGGGGUGUGCUUUGAUUUUUGCACCUCAAUGGCAGGAUCCUCCAACGAUUCAGACCACUUCCGCUCUCGUGACCGAUUGGGUCGAUGGACUGCCAGUUCAAUACACAGGGAAACUCGAAAUCCUCCUACUGUGGAUGUCACUGAGAAGGUCAACACUAUAACAAGUACUUUACAGGACACCAGUCGGAACCUGCGGCAAGUCGACCAGAUGCUUAGACAGUAUCGAGAAUAUAGUAAUGGACAGGCGGGGGCUAUAGAACACUUAAAAGAAAGCUUGGAGCAAUCAAUAGGCCAACUGCGGAGUCAAAGGUUAUUGAGAAACUCAGGAGGGAGAAGUAUUUCUGUUACAAGUCUGAGUACAAGUGACCUCGAUGGUGGCACUGUGACAGAGAGCCACCAUUUUCCACCUACCUCACCUCUGAAGGACUAUGGGGAUCAACAGGGUAUUAAACGAAAUAGGUCCAGAACUGGUGUCCGAUUUGUUCGGGAGACUGAUGACGUGGGCCAGUUUCAUGCUUUUCAUCAGUCCCUCCGAGACCUCAGCAGUGAACAAGUUCGCCUUGGAGAUGAUUUCAACCGGGAACUUGCCAGAAGAAGCCGGUCCGAUGCUGAAACAAAAAGGGCUUUGGAAGAACUGACUGAAAAACUUAAUGAAACCCAAAAACAAGAAGUGGUUUCAGAUCGGGUAGAGCGACGGCUUCAAGAAAUAGAAAGAGAGAUGCGUACGGAAAGAGAGCUGGUGGAAAGACGGCAGGAUCAACUGGGACUUAUUUCUUUGCAGCUACAGGAGGCAUUGAAGAAACAAGAAGCUAAAGCAGAGGAGAAUGAGGGAGUAGUGAAAAAUAAGCUAAGACAAAGUGAAACUGAAAAGAGUAAACUUGAACAGGAAUUGGAGCUAUCUCGAAGGUUAUUGAAUCAGUCAGAAGGCAGCAAAGAAACACUUUUGCAUCAGGUAGAAGAACUCCGUACACAACUCAUGAAAGCAGAAGGUGAUCAAAAAGGCUUAGUACAUCAAGUAUCUCAGAUUUCCAAGCAACAGUCAAACCAUCAGGACGAUCAAGAAGACGACUGGAGGUUUAGAAGAGGGGUUGAGCGGGAAAAAGAGGAUCUGGGGAAGCAGAUGUCAGAUUGGAGAGUGCAGCUGAACUUCAGUGCAAUGGCAUCUGAGUUAGAGGAAGUGAAGCGGUGUUUGGAGCAAAAAGACAAGGAGAGAGUACAUUUGGCAGCACAAGUAGAGAAUUUAACCUGUGAAUUGGAGAACAGGGAGAAACAGCAACUAGAGAUGUUGGAUGAACUGAAGGAGAUCCAGAAUCACUUUGAGACAUGUGACGCCAGACAUAAGUGCGCUGACCUCCAGAUCUCAAAGCUGACUCAGCAUGCUGAGGAUGCAACCAAGCAGGCCGAGCAGUACCUCCUUGAGUUCCAGCAGUCGGAGGCCCUGAGACAGGAAGCAGAGGAGAGGAGAGAAGAGCUGAAGCUGAAAGCUCAGGAGUCCAUUAGGCAGUGGAAGCUUAAGCAUAAGAAGUUAGAGCGAGCACUGGAGAAACAAUCUGAAACUCUUGAUCAACUGACAGACAAGAAUAAUCAGAUUCUAAAAGAAAAGGAUGAAUUGAAAAGCCAGCUUUAUGCAGCGUUACAACAAAUAGAGAAUCUUCGAAAGGAAUUGAAUGAUGUGCUAACCAGGCGUGCCCUUCAAGAGGAGGAGCUUCACUGUAAGGAGCAGAAACUAAGUGAUGUUAAGUCUCAUCAAGCUGACCUUGAACUAGAAGUCAGGGAUUCCCUGGAUACCAUCCAUAAGCUAGAAAGUGAACUGAAAACGCAGAGUAAGAUUCAAAGCCAGAUGAAAGCUGAGAAAGCGCACCUGGAGGAAGAAAUUGCAGCGCUGAAGGAGAGCCAGGCCAAGGACCAAGCUCAGCUUCUUGAGAUGCAAGAGGCCAUCAAGGACUUGAGUGCCAUCCGGGCAGAUCUCGCCAAUAAAUUAGCGGAGGAACAGAGAGCCAGGAAGGAGGUACUUAAGAACCUUUCUGACCUCAAGACACAGGCAAAAUCCAAAGACGAAGAAACAGCUACAAUCAUUACACAGUUAAAGCUGGAAAGAGAUGUUCACCAGAGGGAGCUGGAAGAUCUCACAUUCUCAUUGCAGAGUAUGAAAACUAAACAUGAACAGAAUAUCCGGGAGCUGAUGAAGCACUUCAAGAAAGAAAAGAGUGAGGCCGAGAAUCAUAUUAGGACACUGAAGGCAGAAAGCUUAGAAGAUAAGAAUAUGGCUAAAGUCCAGCGUUCUCAGCUAGAGAAGUUGAAAUCACAGUAUGACAGGUUGACAGAGGAAUUAACUCAGAAUGAAAAUGAGAACAAAAAACUGAAGCUAAAAUACCAGUGUUUGAAGGACCAACUAGAAGAAAAGGAAAAACAUAUAAACAAUGAAGAAGAGCACUCAAGGAGGAUGGAAGAGGCCAGAUUGCAGCUCAAGGAUCAACUUCUUUGUCUGGAGACUGAACAGGAAUCCAUUCUUGGUGUGAUAGGAAAGGAAAUUGAUGCAGCUUGUAAAACCUUCUCCAGGGACUCAAUGGAGAAAUUGAAAGUUUUUUCAUCUGGUCCUGAUAUUAAUUAUGACCCACAUCGCUGGUUAGCAGAAAGCAAGACUAAACUUCAAUGGCUCUGUGAGGAACUGAGAGAGAGAGAAAACAGAGAGAAAAGUCUACGGCACCAGCUGAUGUUGUGCAGACAACAACUCGGGAACAUGACUGAAAACAAGGAAGCUGAGCUUCAGUGUCUCUUUGAACAAAUAGAAAGACAGGAGCAGCUUCUGGAAGAAAUACAUCGGGAGAAGAGAG